GCCUUGACGAGUCUUCACUCGGGCUGCAGAACGAGUAUUGGAUCAAGCAAUUAUUCUAUGCCACUCGAUUUCGGAAGGAAUUAAGCUCGCUUCCCCAUCUGUGGGCUUAUAAAUCUGAAAGAAGCCUGAAGGGUACCAUUAAUUUCAAGCAAGCAUAAGCGAUGGGAUCCACGCUGCCACUGUUCGCGUUUCAGCUGUUGUUGUUGAUGCAGCUGCAAGCAACGACUGCAGCAGCAUCGGCACCGCCGUCGCCGAAUGUGUUGUCACCACUUUGCAAUGAGACAUGCGGCGAUACUAGCAUCCCGUACCCCUUCGGCAUCGGCGAUGGGUGUUUCAGGGAAGGCUUCGAGGUCACUUGCGAAGUCGUUAACGGCUCUGCGACUCCCAGAGCUUUCUUGGGCGGCCGCGAGAGGAACAUUACAGUUCAGAACAUAUCCUUGCUCCAGGGCCAAGCACACAUGCUGAAUUACGUCUCCUGGGUUUGCUUCAACAGUACCGGCGACGUGGUGGAUUUAAAUGCAUCUAAUCUCGACCUCAGUGGCCUUCUGUUUAGGGUAUCCAGCACGAGGAACAAGUUCACGACCAUGGGCUGCAACGUCAUUGGCAUCCUCUUAGACGGGGACGACUAUACAUUCGGAACCGGCUGCGCCUCCUUCUGCUCCGAAGAGCCAAGCAUCGAAAGCGGAUCGUGCCGUGGCACCGGCUGCUGCGAGACAACCAUCCCGAAGCAGCUGGACAAUAUUACGGUCGGGCUUGCCCAUUUCGUCAAUCUUUCUUCCUACAAGACCUACAGCCCCUGCGCCUAUGCCUUCAUUGCCGAGCAGGACUGGUUAUCCUUCGACAAGUCCGACCUCCGCAACCGCAACUUUGGAGACAAGCACAAUCACGUCGUCCCACUCGUGCUGGACUGGGUAGCCGGCGACCAGACCUGCGAGAAAGCUAAGAGAAACCUUUCUUCAUAUGCUUGCCGCAGCAUCAACAGUAAAUGUUUCGACUCCACCAGUUUACACGGCUAUAUCUGCAAUUGCUCCACAGGUUUCCAAGGCAAUCCUUACCUCCAAGAUGGAUGCAAAGAUAUCGACGAGUGCAGCUCGCCAAAUCUGUAUACAUGUCAUGGAACGUGCAGCAACACAGCAGGCAACUACAGCUGCUCAUGCACAAAAGGUCACAGCAGCAAGGACCCUAAAUCGGAACCUUGUGUCCGAGAUCAAGGAAUUCCUGUCCCAGAUCAAGGAAUUCCUGUCCCAGCUCAAGGAAUUCCUGUUCCAGCUCAAGGAAUUCUGACAUCAACGAAGAUAGUUAUAGGCAGUUGUGUUGGGCUUGUCUUGUUCAUUACUUGUAUCUUCUGCAUAAUCUUUGCAUUUCAAAGAAGGAAGCUUCGCAGAGAAAAAGAUAAAUUCUUCCAACAAAAUGGAGGCUUGAUAUUAUACGAAGAAAUCAGAUCAAAACAAAUUGAUACUGUCAAAAUAUACACCAAAGAGGAUCUAGAGAAGGCAACAAAUAAAUUCGAUAAAAGUCGAGAACUUGGGCGAGGAGGCCACGGCACCGUUUAUAAAGGAAACCUAGACGAUGGCAGGGAAGUGGCCAUCAAGAGGUCUAAGGUAGUCACCGAGGACCAAAGUGAAGAAUUCGUACGAGAGAUGAUUAUUCUUUCUCAGAUCAAUCACAAGAACAUUGUAAGGCUCUUGGGUUGUUGCUUGGAAGUAGAAAUUCCCAUGUUGGUAUAUGAGUUCAUCCCCAAUGGAACUCUCUUCAACUUCAUCCAUGGCAACGACGGGAAACUAAUUCCCUUGACUACUCGUCUACGAAUAGCCAGAGAAUCCGCAGAAGCACUCGCUUACUUGCAUUCAUCGGCAUCCCCUCCGAUCGUUCAUGGAGAUGUGAAGUUACUCAACAUACUUUUAGAUCAUAACUACGUGCCAAAGAUAUCGGAUUUCGGUGCAUCGAGGAUGAUGACCGUAGACAAAACCCAAUUCAUAACGAUGAUUCAAGGAACUCUUGGUUAUUUGGACCCAGAGUACUUGCUAGUCCGUAAAUUGACAACAAAGAGUGAUGUCUAUAGCUUUGGAGUAAUUUUGGUAGAGCUCAUCACAAGGAAAAAGGCAAUUUAUUAUGAUGGGAGUCGUCAAGGAAAAGGUCUUGCCUGGAGCUUCAUUGAAGCAAUGACAGAUAGCCGACUUGAAGAGAUAUUGGAUGAUCAAAUCAUGGGGAGAGAAAACAUGGAUGUCAUUCAAGAAAUUGCCGAGCUUGCAAACGAAUGUUUGAACAUUAAGGGGGAUGAAAGGCCUACAAUGAGAGAAGUGGCUGAGAAACUGCACAUGUCAACACACCAUGCAGCCGAGGAAUGUGAAGCAUUGCUUGGUGAAUCAUCCAUGACCUCUACCAUGUACCGCAGAGAACAAAUUUUAAUGUAAAAGCUAGAAGAUGAAGAAGAUAAAGAAACAAGGUUCUCUCUUUAUGUUCAAAUCGAACUAGCAGAACAGACUGUUCUUGAUUGCUUGUUUUGUAACUUAUGUUACUUCUAUUACAAACAUGAUAAAUAAAAGUAUAAUAGAUUGUAA